AUGGACCGAGGCAACACAUCACGAGUGACUGAAUUUGUUUUGCACAGUCUUUCGGGUCCUCGAGAGCUACAGCUUUUCUAUUUUGUCUUUUUUACGAUUUUCUAUAUGUCCAUUGUGCUGGGGAACCUCCUCAUUGUGCUCACAGUCAUCUUUGAACCUGCAUUACACACGCCCAUGUACUUCCUACUCAGUAACCUCUCCUUCAUUGAUGUUUGUUUAUCCACCUUCGCCACCCCUAAAAUGAUUGUUGAUUUCCUUAUGGAACACAAGACCAUCUCUUUUGAGGGAUGCAUGGCCCAGAUAUUCUUUCUGCAUGUCUUUGCUGGUGGUGAAAUGAUGCUCCUUGUGGCCAUGGCCUAUGAUAGAUAUGUAGCCAUAUGCCGACCCUUGCACUAUGCAGCCAUCAUGAAUGUGCGCAAGUGUGCAAGCCUGGUGCUUGGCUCCUGGGUCAUUGGAAUUCUGCACUCAAUCAGCCAAUUGGCCUUCACAGUAAACCUUCCAUUCUGUGGCCCUAAUAAAGUGGAUAGUUUUUUCUGCGACCUUCCCCUGGUUAUCAAGCUCGCCUGCACGGAUACCUUCACUCUUGAGGUAAUGAUGCUUUCAGACAGUGGUCUAAUGGCCAUGAGCUCCUUUGUGCUCCUGUUGAUUUCCUACACAGUCAUCCUAGUCACUGUGCGACGGCGGUCCUCCGCGGGCAUGGCCAAGGCCAGGGCCACGCUGACAGCCCACAUCACUGUGGUGACCCUGUUCUUUGGACCUUGCAUCUUCAUUUAUGCCUGGCCAUUUAGUGACUUCCCAGUGGAUAAAGUUCUCUCAAUAUUUUAUACUGUAUUCACUCCUCUGUUAAACCCCAUGAUCUACACCUUGAGAAAUAAGGAGGUAAUAUCAGCAAUGCAAAAACUAAGGAGUCGACAAGUGAGUUCCUGA